AUCCCCCCCCAACCCCCGCCCAACUCAAAUUGAAACUCAAAAGUCUCAUCAAAUUCUCCGCGCGCUGAAAAAACCUCAUCCCCUCCACGAAGCCACUGCACAGGCGAGCAGGUGUUGAAGCAGAUACGGCCACGAAGCCACUUCAACUUCUGCGAAGCUGCACUGCAGGGUUCAGGGUUUUUGCCUCGCAAUCUUUUGUGUGUUUUCGAUGGGGACGAAGGAAUUGGACAUGAAGAAAGCCUUCAAGCUGGCCAUACGUUCUCUGCUCACUCCCUGUUCCAAGCAGGAAUUCUGCCAAGCAUUUCCGAAUUUUACAAUUGCCGAGCAAGAACACCUUCAUAGGCUUUUUAUCCAGGUCAUCGCUUCUUUGCAUGGAAAUUUAGAGGACGAGUUUCAGUCAGCAUGCCUUGAAACACAGGUGGGAACUGUUCUGGACACUGUUGAACAACUUGUGGAAGAACAAGCUAUGGAUCCUUUGUCUAAAGAUAAUUACUCAUGCAGGACUAAUCUAAUGGAUGUUGCUCGUGAUCUGUCCACAAUGAAGAAGGAUGAAAUCCAGAACUUGACACAGAGGCUGGGAAUGGCUAAGCAACAGAACCACCAUCUUCGGGAUCAUAUACAACUUUUAAAGAAAGAAAGGGUAGAUUUGUCAGGCUUGGAGGAUGCUGUUGAGAAGUUGAGAAGUGGGAGUUUAAUGUACGGAAAUGUCGGACAGUAGCAGCAGUGCCCGUAGGUGAUGAUCCACGACACCCCGUUGGUCGUCUUAUGUGCUUUUGGCUUGUACUUUUCAAGUAAUCAGAAUCAUCCUCAGUUGCUAAUUGUAAUGAAGCUCCCAAGUGCAGGUUUGGUAAUUUAUCAAUAUUUUCUUUUUAUUUUCUGGAAAAUGAUUGUUGACCAGUAUUCUCACGAGAGUAAACCUAACUUAUAUAAAUGAUUGACGAAUA